AUGGACACCACGCUUCCAGAUGCCUCUGGUCCGUCUCGGGCAGAUAUGGAUGCUGCCGCUUUGGAGGCUACCACAGCUACUACUACCCCCCGAGCAAAGGUACUAGUGAAAGUGGAAGAGGCCCCCAAAUUCGAUCUUGAUACUUACAUUGCAAACUACACUGGCCGCACCCGCUACGACCGUCUUUACCUCAUCGGCACAUGCUCCACAUUGCUCUCGACCGACGCCCUCAAGGCAGCCAUCACCGAAGCUAGAACCAGCAAAGACGUUUCCAGAUACGAGAGGGCGGUCCGCGCGCUUGCGGAAGUAGCUCCGAACGAUCCUGACGCUUCUCUUGACGCCGCCUGGGUCCAGGAAACCAAUCGAUACGUACAGACACAGACAGAGCGAUUGGAACACGAGCUGCGGGGAUACAAGAACAAUUUGAUUAAAGAGAGCAUCCGGAUGGGUCAUGAGGAUUUGGGCAACCAUCAUUACGAGACUGGUGACCUGCCUGCUGCCUCCAAGGCUUACUCUCGCAUGAGAGAUUACUGCACCACCCCGAACCACAUCACUUCUAUGCUCUUCAAGAUGGUCAACGUCGCUACUGAACGCGGUGACUGGAUGUCUGUGCAGUCAAACGUGCACCGACUGCGCAACUCUCAGUCAAAGCCCGAUGACGCAGCCAAAAACCUAUCUAAAAUCACGGCCGCUUCCGCUCUGUCACAGAUGCACCAAGGCUCAUACCUCGAAGCAGCAAACUCUUUCUUGUCCAUCCCGCCCGACCUGGGCGACACCUACAAUGAAAUCAUCACCCCCAACGAUGUCGCCGUCUACGGUGGUCUGUGUGCUCUCGCCUCUAUGAACCGCGACGAUCUGCAGAAAAACGUGCUCGACAGUCAGACUUUCCGCAACUUCCUCGAACUCGAGCCUCAUAUCCGCCGCGCCAUCACUUUCUUCUGCAACUUUAAGUUCCGCCAAUGCCUUGACAUUCUCGAAGCUUAUCGCCCUGACUACCUACUCGACAUUCACCUUCAGCGUCACAUUCCCCAAUUGUACAAACGCAUCCGCACCAAAUCCAUCGAGCAGUACAUGAUUCCUUUCAGCCGAGUCACACUCGACUCGAUGGCGAAGAUCUUUGCCCCUACGGUCGUUGGCAGCGAAGCGCGUCCCACGGACAUCUCCUCGCCGUUUGUGCAAGAACUGGUCGGACUCAUUCAGGAUGGUGUGCUGAACGCUCGCAUCGACCUUGAGAAGGGGUUGCUGGUGUCGAACCAGAUCGACCUGCGAGCAGAGGUGCAGCGUACCACGCUGGAGAGCCUACGUGAAUUCAACGAGGAGGCCCAUUGGCGGAUUCUACAUGCCGCUGUUCUCCAAGCAGGACUAGAGGUCAAGCCUGAAAAGGGAGAGGUAUCUGCACCAGGAAAGGGUUCCCGGUUUCCUUCUCGAGGCCCAGGUAGGGAUUAA